AUGAAUGGUCAGCUGAUUAAAACAAUUAGUGAGAGAGUAAAGAAUACACCACGGAGCAUUCAUGUGGAUGAGACAUCAAAUGUUUUGUAUGCAGCACCAAGUGGUUUCCUCAGUAGCUGUGUGUACAUGUUUGACAUGAAUAAUGGCAAGACCAUCAGAACAAUAAGGUCACAUGGUACAAAAGAAGGUAAAAUGAGUUAUGUCGAUGGUGUUACUCUUACAAAUCAAGGACACCUUCUUGUAUUGGAGAGUGAAUGUUUAGGUACUGGAACAAGAUUGAAUCAGUUUCUCGAAAGUGUUGAUGAGAAGGUCCUAGAGUGCACUAUAUGCUUUAAGAGACUUCAAAAUCCUAAAUCCCUCAACUGCUUCCACAGUUUCUGUUUGGCAUGUCUGGAAGACUGGGUUAAGACUAAGGGAGACCUGAUUUGCCCAACCUGCUCAAAAUCAUAUCUCAUUCCAGAGGGUGGGCUUCAAAAGCUUCCACCAAAUACCUUUUUAAAUAACUUACUGGAAACCUUUGAACAAUUUUCAGAAAAAGCCGAGAUGAAAUGUGUUUGCAAAAAAGGACUCUCAGAAUACUACUGCCAGGAUUGCAGACAGUACUUGUGUACUGCCUGUAGUGAUCAUCAUAAAGACUUUCGAAUCUUUGCAAACCACAAGCUACAUUCAGUGGAGGAUGUGCGAUCAAUGACCCCUUCACAGAUGGCUUUACUACAUCCGCCGCUGUGUUUGCAUCAUAACAAACCUUUGGAAUUUUACUGUACAGAGUGUAAAACUCCAAUAUGCAUAAAUUGCACAAUUACUGACCACAUUGCAUGUGAAGGGAAACACAAACCAAUCAGCAUCUCUAAAGCAUUUCAAACAUUUAAAGAAACUUCGGAAACAUUGGAGAAAGCUGCCAAUAACUGUAAAAACAAAUUACAAUAUGGCUUGAAAACAGUUGAACAGAAUGCUACAAAAUUAGAAGAACAUAAAGCGACAGCUUUGAGAGAUAUUGACAAUCAUAUACAAGUGAUGAUAAGGCAAAUCAAAGAGAAUGGAGACAAAAUUAAAAAUGAAUUAGAGACACUAUACAAAAGGAAAAAGAAGGUCAACGAUGCACAAAUGGAUGAAUUAAACACAACAAUAUCUGAUAUAAAUACAAAACUGAGUUUUCUUAAUCAGUUAUUGAGGAGUCAUGAAGCUACAGCAAUGCAAUCAAGUGAAACAGUAAUUACCGCACUGAAGGACAGAAUCAAUGAAUUGCCAAAAACAGAGCCAGAUGAUAAUGGACACAUUAGAUUCUUAAUAAAUAAACAACAGCUUACUUCAUUGCAACAAAUUGAUAUUGGAAAUGUUACACAAGUGAGGGCAGACUGCCUAAUAUUAGAGGGAAUGGAAUCUGUGUGUCAAGGUCAGACAAUUGUUGUCAAAGUAAUCAAAACAGAUGAAUGUGAAAUACAUGCAAAUCAACUGAAGGCAACAUGGACACAGCCUACAGGAGAAACGAACCUUACACAAGUUGAAGAUGAUGACAAUGGAAAUUAUUUUGUGACAGGUCAAUGCACUAGCUCAGGUAUAUGUAAACUAGAUGUGAGUGCUGAUGAUAAACCAAUCCAGCAAUCACCAAUGAUAAUCAAAGUAGAGAAAGAAGGAUUGGUAAAUACCAUUAAAAAAAAGGAUGUAAAAGAUGUAGUUAACUCAGAAAAUGAUUACUUACUAUUUUCAUGUGAGACAAAUAAAAUUCUUCAGUACAAGCAAUCAGGAGAAUAUAUUGGCAAGAUUACACUACCACAAGAUGUGAAAGUUGAGACAAUGUACAAAAUGAAAAAUGGUAACAUAGCAUUGACUGACUCAGGUAAUAAAUACAUCACAAUAUUCAAUGUGAAUGGUCAGGUGGUCAAGUCAAUUGGUAUGGGAGUAGUGAAAGAUCCAGUUGGUAUCCAUGUGGAUGAGGAAGCAAAUAUUGUUUAUGUAGGAGAUUGGGAUAUUGGCUGUGUGUUCAUGUUUGACAUUGAUAGUGGUCAGAUGAUAAGGAAGAUAGGGACAAAGGGUGACCAAGAAGGUGAAGUUAAUGGUGUCAUUGAUGUUACUCUUACAAACCAAGGACACCUUCUUGUAUUGGAACAUAACAACAGUAGAUUACAACAAUUUGAUAACAAGGGCAGGUUCAUGAAAGUCCUUAUUAAAGAAGGUGAUGAGAAUGGUAAGGCAAGGGAGCCAUAUGGAGUAGUAAUUGACGAGGAUGAAAACAUCAUUAUAUCAAAUAAAGGUAAUCACAAACUACAGCUAUUCAGUAGAGAUGGGAAUUUCAUUAAAAGAAUUGAUAAACCAGAAGAUGGAAUCAACACACCAUGUGGAUUAUACAUCCUUUCACAUCAUCCAAGAAGACUUGCAGUAGCAAGUAUUGGUGAUGGCACAGUAAAAAUAUUCAAUUACUAAAUGUUAUUAUACCAUACAUAUUUUACAUUAUUGAAGAAUCUCUUUUAAGAUCCAGCGGACGUCAUCGCCCAAGGCAUGUUUUGUCAAGUAUUUGUCAGGUAGGGCUUGUGGUAAUUGUAAAUUAUAGUAGAACUCGUUUGUUAAGACUUGAGAAGCCCAAUAUAGGACAGGCCUACUUGCGUCAUUCUAGUGUUAUUUGGAACUGGUAGGUGGCUGCUGUGUGCUCUGCAUACUGUACAUGAUUGUAUUGUGUUGGUAUUAUGGUACCAGUUUUUAUUAAGUCAAUUAAAAUGCUUUGUAACUUUGUUAAUUGUGAUUAAAGUUUAUUUGGAUUGGAUUUGGAUUUAUUCUGUGCAAACACCAAAGAUAGCCACAAAAGUCUAGCAGAAGACUUAUUUUCAGUGGGGUCCUUGGUGGCAGUUGGGCAGCACAAUUGGAGACAAUCCCCUACUCUUUUUGGAAGAGUAUAGUGUGUUCUUUAAUGUGCACAUGGGCCAUAAUUGCACACAGGACCAACGACUUAACGUCUCAUCUGAAAGACGGUGUGCUAUUGUAACUUGUAUUUCAGCCCUCCAGCUGAAACACAAGGAGUGCUGAAAAAUCCACAAUAUUCUUUACUGCUCUGAAUUUUACAUAUGUUGCAUGUUACAUGAUUGAAUUAACAUCAUAUUUUGAAUAGGCUCAAUAAACAUUUAUAUUAUUCAAUACAGUAUUAAAAGAGAAACAUGCAUUGAGUCACAUUCAUUUCAUUUUCAUAUCUUAGAAAAUAUUUUUUUAUUAAUGUUUAUUCAUUUUUUGUGUGUAAUAUUCAUGAAAGACAGCUUUUUAUUGAAACUAAACCUCAUGUAUUAUAGUUAUCAUAUUAGACAUAUAAAAUGUGUGAUUGCAAUUAAGCAUUAAUUUUAUUUAUUUUAAUCAAGGAUUGUUUCUUUAUUGUGUCAAAGCUGGAAUGUACAAUGGGUAAAUCAGACUUUUUUAAUAAUGUUGCCUAAAAAGAAAAAUAAUUAUGUAUAUAAUUAUUAUGAGUUUUGAAUUACAAGUUUCAUAAAAAUAGAAAUGUAUUAAAAAAACAGAUUGAAUUACCGCUCCAAAGUAACCCACAAAAAAUAAAUUAGGUUUUUUUCAAAGUACUUCUUUAAUUGUACAUACUGUGUGAAAAGUACACAUAACAUACUAUGUUAUAAUAUUGUAUUGUUUCUCAUCAUUGAAUAAAUGUCAUUAGAAUCUGAA